GUGAUUUCAGAAUACACGAAAUGCCAGGUCUAACAGCCGUACAAGUUAUGUUUCUGCGCUAACAUAACAGAAUUGCCAACGAAGACAUUCAUCCAGAAGCAAGGAAGAUAGUGAUUGGUCAAUUUCAACAUAUAACUUACUCCGACUGGUUGCCAAUUAUUUUAGGACAAGAAACUAUGUUGAGACUGGGUCUUGCUACAUCCCUUAUGGGGCACAGUAAUGUAUACAACUGCAAUACGAAUCCUAUAAUAACAAACAUAUUCAGCCUAGCUGCUUUCCGUUCUGGACACACCCCUUUACGGGAUACUGUUCUUCUUAAAGGACACGAAGAUACUCCAGUUAAAAAUGAGGAAGUCUUUAACCGUCCUACUUUAAUAUUUAGCGAAAAUGGCAAAAGAAUGUCAACUGCCGGUAUAUGAUUAUCGUUUAAUCCAUCUAGCAAAGCAGAUGGACAGGUGGUGCACAGCAUACGUAACAAUCUAUUCUCGGAUAAAAAUGGACUUAGUACUGAUCUAAUUUCAUUGAACAUACAAAGAGGUCGAGAUCAUGGCGUCCCAAG